GCUGAUUAUUUGCUCAGGCCCCCUUCACACUCCAGCUGAUAACAUUGCAGAUAUAAACCUCAUUCCAAACAUCAUUCUUCGUAGUAUCUCACCCUUACCAUCGUCAUCCGGCUCCGUCUCAAGAAAUUUUCCGUCACACCCAAAAGCAAAUCUCUCGCUUAUCGCCUACGAAGCAGUCCUCGACAUGCAUCUAUCGAAGCCCUUGUUCCUGGCCUUUGCGGCAGUCGCCACCGCUCAAGACAUCAGUUCGAUCGUCAGCUCAGCACUCUCUGUUGCGUCUUCGGCCGUCAGUGAGGGGGCGUCUGUUGCAUCUUCGGCCGUCAGCGAGGGGACGUCUGUUGCUGGCAGUGCGGCAUCAGCCGCAGGAAGUGCAGCUUCUUCCGCCGUAUCGAUGGCAUCUUCAAUCGUUAGCAGCGUACAGCCCAGUGUGUCAUCUGUGGUGUCUUCUGCCCUGUCUGAGGCUUCUUCCGUCGCAUCAUCGGCCGAAUCAUUGGCUUCGAGCCUUGCCUCCAGCGCCGCGUCUGAGGCUCCAUCUGUACGAAGCAGCGUCAGUAGCCGGGUCAGCAGCAUCUUGUCCAGUGCCAGUUCUGUUGAGUCCAGCGCCUUGAGUGUUGCCAGUGGCGCUGCCUCUUCCUACCGCAGUUCAGCAACGGGCGCCGCUAGCACCGUCACUUCAGCUGCAGGUUCGGCCGCAACGGCCUCAAGCAGCUCAACUGCGUCGGGAAAUGCGGCUACCGGCAGCUAUGCGGUCUCAGCCACGGGAAUGUUGGGAAGUCUUUUUUUGGCCAUCGUGGCAUUUUUGUAAGGCAGAUCUUGAGGUAAUACUCGUGUGUCUGGCCGAUUGAAACAAAAGUCAACUUCUACAUGACUGUAUGUAUGUGCGCACGAUGUCUUCUUCAGUGGGCACGUCUGUUCAUGGACACCGUAGUGUCUGAAUGGGUAUUCGAGGUAGAUAUGUGUAAUAAGAACAACCUUCGUCGGGCCUCCAUCUUCACUUGUCUACGCUGUGUGUAGGAUGGAAGUCUCUUCAUAACGAUGGUCUCCUAGAAAUCAAGUCACCAUUUG